AUGGAAUGGCCAAGAAAAAAAGAAAGUUUUCUGAAUAUUCUUAGAACUCGUCUUCGUAGUUUGAGUUCAACUAGAAUAAAAGCUAGAAAAACUUAUCCGUCAUUAGAUUCUCAUGCUCAUAUACGAAUACCAAUUAUUUUUAAUAAAAUUAAUGUAACACAAGCAUCGACACAAACUGUAUCAAUUAAUAUCAAUAAUAAUGCUGAAGAAUUGAAAUCAAAUAUUGUUGUUCGUCAUAAAAAUCGUCGUCGAAAAUAUCAACGUUAUUUUAAUAAAUGUUCCGAAAUCAAUCUGUCUCUGUGGUCAAAAUUGUUAGAAAGUCGAGAAGAUUCAUUAAAAUUAAAUACAACUCUUGAAGAUUUAGAUCAACGAUUAAAACGUCUUUCAAUGAAUAUUUGCGUGAAAUGUAAAGAUAAAGAUUUUUGUUAA